GGUACGCAAAAUUUUGGUGAUUGAAACACUGCAACGUAUUAAAUCGGAGACUUGCAGAUGUCAUCUCGACAUCUCAAGGAACGUUCUGGAACGCUGGCUGGAAAUUGGGACAUGGCGGUGCAGCUGAGACUUGGGGAGUGCCCAGAAAUUAACCCAGUGGAUUGAUACAAAGGUGCAGAGAGAAUUCUAAUUUCUUUCCUGAUUUCUGUUCGUUUCUUCUUUAUCCUGCCGGCUCUUGGUCUCUCGUUUGAGCAGUCGAAAGAGCUCAAAAUAGAGGAUGUCGUCCGCUUGUGAUCGGCGAACGCUGUUAUCCUUUUCUUUUAUACUUGCGUUUGCUCAUUCUGCACUGGGUCUUACAGCAAUCAACGAUUUUUCAUCAAGAGAUCAUGAAACCAAUUGGAAAUCUGCAACCUUCUUGUCACCCAAGUUUUCUCAGGGCCCUGGAUCAGUACAGAACAAGUUCUACUUCGAUAUCGACUUCCCAAGAGGCCAUAUUGCUAUUAAAGAAUUCAAUGCCGAGGUAGUUGAUGAAGCAGGUAAUUCGGUUCCUCUCCAUGAAACUUACCUCCAUCACUGGCUCUUGUUAAGAUACUACGAGCCUGUUGGAUCUUCUAGUGACAGGUCUAAGAUCAUAACGGCCAGGAAUAGUGGAGUUUGCCAAAAUCGUGUUCUUGGUCAGUACUUUGGCCUUGGAUCCGAGACUCGGCGAACUGAAACUUAUGUGCCAGGUCCUUACGGUAUAGAAGUUGGAAAUCCGGCUGAAAUUCCUGAUGGGUAUGAGGAAAAAUGGCUGUUGAAUGUUCAUGCUAUCGAUACAAGAGGAGUGGAGAACCGUCUGGGGUGUACAGAGUGCAGGUGUGAUCUCUAUAACGUAACGCAGGAUGAGUAUGGAAGUCCAAUAGCCAAGGACUAUGUGGGUGGCCUGUUUUGCUGCUACGAUGAGACACAAUGCAGGUUGACAAAAGGUUUUGAAAUAGUUAAGAGGGGAUUGUAUUUGAAAUACACUGUGAAGUGGGUGGACUGGGUUGAGGGUAUUGUCCCUGUCAGGAUUUACAUAUUUGAUGUUACUGAUACUGGAAAGAGGAUAGUUAAUAAAACAGAUUCCCAUGGUUUCGUAGGCUGCCAGGUAGAAUACACUGUUGAACCGUGUGACAAAGUUGAAAUGAUCAAUGGUUGCAUAGAUAGCAGAAAAGAAACCAUGGUGAUACCUCGUGGUGGAGAUGUCAUUUAUGGUGUUGCACACCAGCAUACAGGUGGGAUUGGUUCUGCUCUAUAUGGUCAGGAUGGCAGAGUCAUAUGCUCUUCAUUGCCAAUAUACGGACAUGGGAAUGAAGCUGGCAAUGAAGCUGGCUAUAUCGUUGGGAUGACUACGUGCUAUCCUCAGCCAGCAUCUGUCAAAGUUUUGGAUGGCGAGACCUUGACAUUGGAGUCUAAUUAUAGCAGAUCUGAAAUUCAUACGGGAGUCAUGGGCUUAUUCUACAUCCUUGUGGCUGAUCCGAUAAAUAUUCCUGCACAUUCUAUUGGAAAUGAGAUUGUACAGCCAACGCGCAAGUUGCCAACACAUGUUGCAGUGUCAUUAUUUGCAUGUGUAGCCAUCAUUCUUGCCGUAGGCACAGCCUAUAUUUUGAAGAAAGAGGAUGUUGGAGGCUACCAAAUACUAGUGAUGUCUCAAGUUAAAUUAACAAUGUUGGUUUGCGCUUGGCGAACGCUGCUCUCAUCGUUCUUGAUGGUUGCACUUGCCCACGCUUCACAAUCACCAAGAGGAGACCACGAAACCGAUUGGAAGUCUGCAGCGUUCCUGUCACCAAAGUUCUCUUUGGGCCCUGGAUCGGUGCAGAACAAAUACUACCCCGAUAUCGACUUUCCGAGAGGCCAUAUCGCCAUGAAACAAGUCAAUGCUGAAUUAGUGGAUGAAGAAGGCAAUCCGGUUCCUCUCUACGAAACUUACAUCCAUCACUGGCUCCUGUUGAGAUACUAUGAGCCUGUGGCUGUAGGUAGGAACCUGUCGAAGAUCAUAGUCGCCAGAAACAGUGGAGUUUGUCCAAAUGCUCUUGAUCAGUACUUUGGCCUUGGAUCGGAGACUCGCCGGACGGAAACUCAUGUGCCGGGACCUUAUGGGAUUGAAGUCGGAAAUCCGGCCGAAAUUCCUGAUGGGUAUAAGGAGAAAUGGAUGCUGAAUGUUCAUGCUAUCGAUACAAGAGGAGUCGAGAGCCGUUUGGGGUGUACAGAGUGCAGAUGUGAUCUUUAUAACGUGACCAAGGGUGGGGAUGGAACACCAUUGCCCAAGCAUUAUCUGGGUGGCCUAUCUUGUUGCUAUGAUGGGGCACAAUGUAGGUUGAGAAAAGGUUUUGAGAUGAUCAAUAGCAGGGGGUUGUACUUGAAGUACACUGUGAAAUGGGUAGACUGGGAUGUGAGCAUUGUCCCUGUUAGAAUUUACAUACUUGAUGUUACUGUUAUUGGAACCAGGAUAGUCAAUAAAACAGUUAUCCAGGGGAACUGCCAGGUAGAAUACGAUGUUGAUCCUUGUGAAAAAGGUGGCAUCAUCAAUGAUUGCAUAGAUAGCAAAAGAGCAACCAUGGAGAUACCUCAUGGGGGAGAUGUCAUUUAUGGAGUUGCACACCAGCAUAUAGGUGGGAUGGGUUCUGUUCUAUAUGGUCAGGACGGCAGAGUUAUAUGCUCUUCAAAGCCAAUAUACGGACAUGGAAGGAAAGCCGGGGAUGAAGCUGGCUACGUUGUCGGCAUGAUCACUUGCUAUCCUCAACCAGGAAGUAUCAAAGUCUGGGAUGGGGAGACCUUGACACUGGAGUCCAAUUACAGCAGUUCUGAACUUCACACAGGAGUCAUGAGCUUAUUCUACCUGCUUGUGGCAGAGCCAGCAAAUGCCACUGCUCCUCGUGUUGGAAAUUAGAUUAGGGAAAGAGGGCGGAGGAGGCUACCGACAUUGACAACAUAGGCUGGUUUUUUAGAUUAAGGAAAGAAGAUAAUGCUGCUAUUAGCAUUAGCAGCUAUGUUAUUGUAACAUAUGUCGUGUUGAUUAGUGGCAUUCUAUGAAUUGAUAAUACUGUAGGUGCGCAUGUUCUAUACCUGUAAUCAUGAACUUCUAAUGACCGAUUUUACAUCGAAAC